AAGUGAAAGAAACCUUUUUCUGAGCACUUCCUGAAAGAAAGAAGGCAGCAACUACAGCGGACUGGGUACCGACUCCUACACCAAGUGUUAGGUUUGAAACAUCUUUUUAAAGCAACAAAUGCACCUAAAACAAAAGAAAGAAAACAUUUUAUAAAUUCACCAUUUGCAGAAGGUGCUAUUUUAACACCAGCUAUCCAAGGAUUUUUUUUUUUUUUUUUUUUUUAUCCAAGGAUACCUCUUUUACAGAAGUGGGCAUACUGAAAAAUGUUCAUCUCUGACACAGCUUUUUGAUGGAAAGGAGUUACUGAGUAUCAUGCCUGCCAACAAGAUAUAAGAUGACUACCCCGAACAAUCAAGAUGAACCUGUUGCUUCUAACGGCCUACAUCCAGAGGAAUACAAAAUUGCUGCCCUUGUUUUCUACAGUUGUAUCUUCGUAACUGGAUUAUUCGUUAAUGUCACUGCGUUGUGGGUUUUCAGCUGUACCACCAAGAAGAGAACCACCGUGACUAUCUAUAUGAUGAAUGUGGCAUUAUUGGACUUAAUAUUUAUACUGACCUUACCCUUUCGAAUGUUUUAUUAUGGAAAAGGUGAAUGGCCAUUUGGAGAGGCCUUCUGCCAGAUUCUUGGUGCUCUCACAAUAUUUUACCCGAGCAUUGCUCUAUGGCUUUUUGCUUUUAUUAGUGCUGACAGAUACAUGGCCAUUGUGCAGCCAAAAUACGCCAAAGAUCUAAAAAACACAUGCAAAGCUGUGCUAGCAUGCGUGGGAAUCUGGGUAAUGACACUUAUGACCACAAUCCCUCUGCUAUUUUCAUAUGAAGACCCAGAUAAAGCCUCCAACCCUGCCACCUGCCUGAAGAUUUCUGACAUUAUCCACUUAAAAGCCGCUAACAUGUUGAAUUUCACUCGACUGAUUUUUUUUUUCUUGCUUCCUCUGUUCAUCAUGAUCGGGUGCUACUUGGUCAUUAUUCACAGUCUCCUGCACGGUAGGACAUCUAAGCUGAAACCGAAAGUCAAGGAGAAGUCCAUCCGAAUCAUUAUCACUCUCAUGGUACAGGUGCUUGUCUGCUUUACACCUUUCCACACCUGUUUUGCUUUCUUAAUGCUGGCAGGGGAAGCAAAUAGUUACAGCCCCUGGGGAGCCUUUACCACCUUCCUCAUGAACCUCAGCACAUGUCUGGAUGUGAUUCUCUACUACAUUGUUUCCAAACAAUUUCAAGCUCGAGUCAUUAGUGUCAUGCUAUACCGCAACUACCUCCGGAGCAUGCGCAGAAAAAGUUUUCGAUCAGGUAGUUCACGGUCACUAAGCAACAUAACCAGUGAAAUGCUGUGAAUGGUACCAAAGUUUUUUUUUUUUUUUCCCUCCAAUCUCUUUAAAAUUCACUUUACAAAUACUCUAGGUCGAAGGAUAUUCUGUGUGAUAUUAUCAAGUCCUUUCUCUCCUGGAAAAAAUAAACUUUUAAAAACUCUUU